AUGGAAUGUUUUGAAUAUAAUGCCAUUACCAGUACGUCUAAUGUCAAAAUGAAGAUGACUGUUCUUUACCCUUUUCAUUCGAUAAGAUUUCAAAAAUAUUUAGGCCCUUCAGGGUCAAACAUUAAAUUAGAUAAUGCUUAUUUGAUUUCUGGGUUUGUCAAAUUUUCAGCUUCCGGUAAGCUAAUGAUAGAGGCAACCGAAAUAGAAUAUCUAAAGACAAAUGUGAAUUCGAAUAUGUUUGAAAGUUCCUCUUCGAUAAGUACCCAAUCAAUUGUCAACAUUAUUGCUGAUAAUAUUGAAUCUGCUCAAAAACAAGAUCAUGUGACUUCGUCAUUUAACAAUAAAUCAUCAGAAAUUCCGAUAGUGAUUAUUGAUAAUGAUACAGAAAGUAAUCUGAAUAACAAAGAAAAACAAUCCAAUCUCAAAGAUAGUAACAAA